GUUGAAAAUAUCUUGCCAAGUCUUACAGGGAUUUCAGGCAGAAACUUGUUUCCCGUCUGAACACGGACAACAGCUGAGGCAAACAGAGUGCUUUCCUAAAGGGAAGAGGGGAAGCCAGUGUGCACACAUCCAGUGUUGUUUUUCUAUCUGGCCCUUCAUGGAGGCCAUGCAUGAACUCUGUGUGUACAUAAUUGAGACUCUGCAGACCUACUAGGCCCCGAGGGAGCGUGAUUACCUCAACACAGUCCUUGAGCUGAACUGAGCGAAGAGCUUCAUUGCCCACAGCUGAGGAAAUGUCCAGAUUAACCCAGAGGGCUGUUGUGUCUCCCGAACAUCUUCCCCUUCCCCUCUGCCAUGGUGGAUGUGACAAGAUCAGCUGGCUUCCAGAAGGCAAAGUAUUCAGUAAUGUUCAAAGGGAAAAGAUCAUCUCCAAGUUUCUUAAAGAAAGCGUUCUAAAGAGAGUGUUCCGUUCAAAGCAAAUGAGGUGGGAGGGCUCCAACUACCAGAAUGAGGACCCAAGCGACAGCUUUCCUGGCGCCAGAAAGAAGGCCGAGUCCAAGGGGGCGCCCGUCAAGCCGUUCGCCCCGCACGCGGAGGGGCCCGGGCCGCGCUGCGGCAGCGCCUUCGGAGACGAAGCUGACGACGACACGUGGGCCUGCGGCGCCGUGGGGAUUUUAAGGAAACAGAGAUGCAGAAUGGGGAGAAGAAAUGGAGAGAACAGUGGCACCAUCCCGUGUGCAUCCAGCAUCUCGCACGAGAACUUGUCUCACUGGAAUUUGGAUUCAGAAGUACCUGUUCCUGAAAAUAAAAAUCUCCCACCUGGAAAGGAUAGUGCAGCUGGUGGUUCGGUUAACAAGAAUAGCAAGCAAGGGAUAUUUCAGUUAUGGAGUUAUCCUCUUAAUGAAGGAAGUACCAUGGAGAACAGGGAUUUCAAAAAAUCUUCAGUGGAAACUGGCUUUAAUGUAACCAGUAAUCCCAUAAGGCUCUUCACUCUGAACCACUCACUUGUAACAAGUGUUUCAGUUGAGAAGCAAGUUGGUUCUUACCCUGGACUGCAGAUACCAUCGGGUCUCUGCUGGCCCUAUGCUGAUGGAGACUUUUUUAAGGACAGUAAUGAGCCUUAUGUUAGUUUAUGUUCAACUAUAGAAAACAACAGUGGUGAAACUUUACCUGCUCCAAAUUGGAACUUGAAAUAUGGAAACAGCACUGUGGAAGAAAACUUAACAGAUGAAAGUGAUUUAUCAGAAAAUGAAAAAGCAAGUGAUAGUUUGCUCAGCUAUUUUAAAAAGAUGGACCUGAACUUAAAGCCAGAAACAAUAGUAAAUGUUGAGGAAUCUUUCACAGAGGAACCAAGUGAAGUAUUUCCAUAUCCUGAUUUUCUCCCUUCUCCUUUCAAUACUCUGGACUUGCACAAAUUAGCCCUCUCAAAAUCUGAAAAUUGGAAAACAACAGUGGAACCUCCAGAAAGCUCUGUUGAACGUUUGAUAACUCGUUUACUUGAAAUGGAAAGAUUACAACACAUGACUAUCCAAAAAGAGAGGCCCAGACUACAAACUACCUUCAGUACUCCGGCAGCUGCUGAACGACCCUCUUCCUCCAAAGCUAUACCCAAAGUGAGACAGCCCAGACUUUCGGACCCUUUGAGUCUUCAGACAACUUGUGUAGAUAAAAGUCGUGAAAGAAGAAAAAGCAAUUCUGGAUUUUGUAAGCUGGAACAAAAUGCUUCAAAAUGGAAUUGGAGUGAUGCUGGCAAAUAUAAAUGGAAUCCUAGACCAACAUCUCUAAAAAGUUCAUCUACCACCAAACAGCUGAUUCCAACUUGUGAUGACUUUAGGAAUUUCAAAAGCUCCAUUUUAAAUCCAUGCCAAGAACUCUCAACCAAGCCUACUACUUCCCAAACAACUCAAUCUUUGGUUAAAACGGUCUCAGCAAGAUGUCUGCCACCAAAGUCUCCAAUACCAGUCUCAUGUAUACCUCUGUCUUUUCCCGAAAAUCAGAGAGAAGAAAUUAAGGCACCAAGGACCAAAAAGAAACUUUAUCAAAAAACCAUAGCACUGAACAGACCAUUCUAUAUUCAGAAGCUAAACUGUUUAUCGCCUUCCUUUACAGCUAAGGAUAAGUGUUCACCCAUAGACCAAAAAUAACUUUUCUUUCAUACUUCUCAAUGUGAGCAAAUUUGUUUCCAAGAAGCUUGGCUAAAAUGUGGCUCAUCAUUCCAAGAUACGGGUAUUACACACAUGCACGAGUAACUUGAUAUGAUGUGGAGUGCAAUUUGUAAAAAUCACUGCUGAGAUGUGUAAAUAUAAAUCCAAGGGCUUCCAUACUGACACAUUUGACAAUCUUUUGCAUGUUAUGUUUCAAAGGGAUGUUUCACCUAGUAAACUAUUCUAUUCAAAAGAAUAUUCUCUUUUGCUGUGAUUGUUUCCCAGUGUAAUUCCAUCAUCAAUAAAUGCUAUAAUCGACUUA